GGAAAUCAUCGCUGUGGUGCUGAGAGCUGGGAACUGCCAAGAACAGGAUCCAUCAUCAUGAGGCCAGACUGGGGCUGGUGCCAGAGAGAAGAAACCUUCCGAUGACAUUCGCUUGUGUUGUAUGUAUUUUGUAAAGGUGGCAAAUCAUGGGCCCAGCAUGUUGGAAACUUCUGCAUCUCCUCGCCCUGGCAUUGCUGCUCCUCACCUCUCAUACUGUGGUGCUGGCGGAAGAUCUCCAUGGAGAAGAUGAUAGGAAUGUCACAUCACAGCUUCUGCCCUCCACAUCCUUUGUACCAUUGGCAGGAAAUCUCUCCACAUUGGCACCUGCUCUGCUUCAGUUCAAUGAGACUCAGUUCUAUGGAGAAAACCAAGAGUUUGGGCAGGAGGUAUCUGAAAUAACUCAUAUGACCUCUGCUUCUUACUCAGAACAAGUCGAUUUGUUCUUACAAGACCAGACAACAGUAGGGGUGAGUUCUGGGGUAGAAUUAGCCUCUAGAGAGUUUACAACUGUGCCUCUGGUAAAUAUAUCUCAACCAACAUCUUCUGAAUGGACAAACACUGAGUUUAUGGUAACCCAUGCCACCCUGACUGACGUUCAGAACACAUCCUCAGGCACAGCUCAAUUUAACUCUGUUCCUCAAGAAAAUGGUGAAUUUACUGAGCACACUACUGAUUUGGGAGAGUAUGUUCCACCCCCAUUUUUUUCAACUGGUUCCCCUUUUCCAUCCCUUUGGGCAGCGACAGAACAGUCAGUGACUUUUGCCCAGCUGCCUGCAGUGGUGCCCAGUUUAUUGCCUACUACUGCACCACACACAACUGUGGAUAACCUGGAUACAUGGCUGGAGUCUAAAGAAACUGCAUCUGGUCUGUCUGAGGUGGUCCCUGGGUAUCUACUAGAUGUUUAUGCAGAGACUGACACUUGGCUGGUGGGUCAGACAAGUGAGGAAAUAACCAGCUCCCCAUCUGAGGAAUCUAUACAUGACAUCACUUCCGAUGCUGCUCUUGCUUCAAGUGGUUACACUUCAGAGGAAGAUGCUUCUUUCUUUCGUUGUGAGCACUUUGACUUCGCUGUGACACCUACUGUUCAGGAAGUGAAACCAACUUCACAUGAUCAUCCUUCCCUUCUGCCUUCACAACCCAUCUUCAUUAUCCUUCACUCGGACUGGAACACAUCUGUGGCAGACUGGGGAAUUGCAUGGGAAGCCCUGGUUUAUGGUUCUGUUGGACUUUUUGGGUUGGUGGUUCUGUUUGCCCUUCUCUCACUUUUCUGCCUUUUGUUCAGAUGCCCAUCAGGUAGUCUUUACUUUGCUGUUUUGCACCUACUUCUGAUAUCUGUGGGUGGGAGUCGUGCAUUUUGUCUGUUUUAUGAUGCUUAUGGCCACCGAGACAGACUCCCAAUCUUUACCUCUGUGCUCAUGUAUGACCUGGCCUUCCCUUGUAUGACGUCAAGCUUCAGCAUUGUAUUUCUGCUGCUCUCAUCAAGGUGCCACCUACAUAACUCAUCAGUACUUUCUCCACGGCUUUGCCUUGCAGCAGCAGCAUCAUUUCUUCACUUCACAGUCUCUGCUGGGGCUGUGGUGAUUGUGGAUCUAUUGCAGCAGUUCCCCUUCCUGCUUUUUGUUUCCCGUGGUGUCUAUAUAGUCCUGGCUCUCAUUCUCUCUCUUUCAUUCUUUAUCUUCUAUUGUGUAGCAAGACCACAAAACUCCCAACUCUAUGACUUGAAAACCUCUGCUCCUCCAACAGAAUAUAGUGGUGGGUGUCCCUUUGCUGACUCCAAAGACUGGAACCGGGCAGCACACACUGUUCUAUUCUCUGCCUCAUUUAGUCUUUUUAAUUGUGGUCUCCAAUUGUAUGCAAUCCUUCAUGCAACGGGAUAUGGAGGAUCUAUUGUAUUUGGUCCCUGGCCUUGGUAUGCCUUCCAGUUGGGUUCCAGCCUAUGUGAAGUGGGCACCUGUCUCCCUCUGGCUCUUGUGGGGACAUACCCUAUAUUUUGCUCUAAUGAGAUAGGGAGAACUAACUGUUGGACAAAACUAUUCUGCCUUUCCCCAAGUCAUGUUAAAAUAAAAGCUCCUAUGUUGUCUGCCAACCAACAAUGGUCCUCCUCCCAGCAUGAGAAGCUAAUUGUAUGUGACAACAUUGUCAGGAGUGACUCUGAGUUCUUCCCUCUCUACACCCUGGUAGAGAAGCAGGUGACCCAUGGGGAAGACUUGAGCUUUAUCUACCACAGUAACAAGAGUCUGGAAGUGCACGGAUUAAGCCCUUACAGUGUUGCUAAGACACCGUCAUUCAUCAGUGUUCAGAUAGAUAGUGAUUCCACUGUGGAUUUCAAGCCUCCAUCUCCAAUCAACUUGCGUCGAAGCAUUGAUGAGGCUCUGUUCAGUGAGUCUCUGAUACCCAAGAGCCUCUUUCAUGGUACUGCCCUUUCAAGUAGCUUGUCUCUCACUGUUAAGAGUGCCACUCCCCUUGAAGACUUUGUUUUUAAGGAAAAGGCAGAAGACAGAGGGCUUUACAGAACAUCCUCAUGUGUGGAGAUAGAGACAGUUCUGCCUGAGGCAGAUCCAACACCCAACACCAGCAAACAGAAUACUAUGUGCUCUCUUUCUCCUGGGACAUGGAGAGAGGAGCAAAGUACUGCCAGCUCUCUUUAUAAGGUGUCCCUGGAUGGAUCAUCGUUGGUGCUUUGUUCUAGUUCUGAGAAUAUCAGCUCCUAUAGCCUGGACAAGAAGCAGGAGCUCAGCUGCCAAUCCCAGGGGGCCUAUCACACUCUUACACCACCUUCCCAGGAGUCCUUGGAAGUUACAACCCAGCCAGGGAGCUUUCUGAGAGAAGACUUCAUAGAUGUAUUUGGACCCAUAGAUGCCUUGAGUGUUGGAAGCGAUACCAUUGACUUGUGAACCAACAAAUGCAGAAGGAGGGGGGAGACUAGACAAUAGAAUGAAGCCCCUGUAUAUGGAAUUCAGUGGGAUCUGUGUAUGCAGAAGACAUAAUACAUAUGAUGCAUGUUUCAAAAGCAGAAGUGUUAUUGUCGGAUCAGAUUUUGAGGUGUUAUUGAUGCAAUACAAUUAUUUAUGGUAUAAUUACAAAAAUCUUACAUUUGCAUUGCACAUUAAAAUAGACCCCAAAUCAGUUGUUAUUUAUCUAUUCUUGUUUCAUGUAGCUUGUAUUAAUGCCCUAUUAUAAUGCCUUGUGUUCCGUGCAAUGUGUCUCUAUAAUGCCUGGUUUGCCCUCCAGCAAGUGUUUUCUAUAGAAAUCCAUUCUGUGUUAACACUGCAACAUGUUACCUGUCCAUAUAUAUUCAUCUAUUGCUUCAUGUAUAUCCCAACAUUGCUCCAUAUAAGUGUUCCUAUAUAUCUACCUGUUUCUAAAUAUGAUUGUCCCUAUAGUUUUUUAUUGCUCCAUGUUACUCUCAUUAUAUCUCUCCCUACUUCUGCCCUUGUUACUGCACAUAAAACCUCUUUAUAACACUUCUCAUAAAUUCAUAUAUCUCCCCUUAUAACUCCUCUUCUUACUAAAUGUAACUCCACCCAUUGCAUCUCAUCUUGUUGUGCAUCUAAUCUCUUAUAUUUAUCUCCAUCAUCUGAGAAUCUGGUGCACAGAUCCUUCGAGGUCCAUAUAUUGUCAAGUAAAAGACUGCUGUGUUGAUAGCCACUUGCAAUCUAAGCAGAGAUUAGGUGAGUUGGGUUUCCAUGACAAAAACAUUUUGUAUCAAUCAUCCACCAGGAGGUAUAUCUUUCAAUACACUGAGAUAUGAUAACCCAGACCUUGCCAGAUGCUACAGUGGCCAAUAUGAGGAGUCUGCUAAUGUAUCAGGCUUCAUAUUCAUUGGACAAAAACAGGAACCUGAAUAAUCUAUCGCUCAAUGGAGCAGAGCUCAUCCAAGAUCUGAAAUGCCUACUACCCCUCUUAGAGGAGCUCCAUGGAAGUCUAAACAACAACUGUAACACCACUAUACACUGAAUGUUUGGUUUACAGAACAUGGGGCAUUUUAUGGACUUAGAAAAUCCUCAAGUUCUUCACAACUCAACUGUCAUUUAGUUCCAAAGGAGAUCUGACGGACAGUUAUGAAUGUAUCAAUAAAAAGAGACAUAAGA